CUUGUUAGUUUUAAGCUAAAAUUCUCACCUAGGACUCUCUGUUUCUGUCUUACUCUGUUAGGUGUAAAGAUUUCUCUCUGUGUUACUGGAAUCCCUAUUGGAUGCUGCCCUCUGAUGUUUGUGGAAUGAACUGCUUUUGGGAAGCGGCUUUUAGGUACAGUGUGAAAGCGCAGCCCGUUGAGAGAAUGCACCUAGCCGUGGUUGCCUGUGGUGAAAGACUGGAAGAAACCGUAACCAUGUUGAAGUCAGCUCUCAUCUUCAGCAUCAAACCUCUUCAGGUCCAUAUUUUUGCUGAAGAUCAACUACAUGAUAGUUUUAAAGGCAUACUUGACAACUGGUCAUUUCUACAAACAUUUAAUUAUUCAUUAUACCCAAUAACUUUUCCAAGUGAGAAUGCAGCGGAGUGGAAAAAGCUCUUUAAACCAUGUGCUUCUCAGAGAUUGUUCUUGCCAUUAAUCCUGAAGGACGUUGACUCACUGUUGUACGUCGACACCGAUAUCCUUUUUUUACGGCCCAUUGAUGAUAUCUGGUCUUUACUAAAGAAAUUUAAUUCCACACAAAUUGCUGCCAUGGCACCGGAACACGAAGAGCCUCGGAUAGGAUGGUAUAAUCGCUUUGCCAGGCAUCCGUACUAUGGAAAAACUGGCGUGAACUCUGGAGUUAUGUUGAUGAACAUGACCAGAAUGAGAAGGAAGUAUUUCAAGAAUGACAUGACUGCUGUACGACUGAGAUGGGGGGAUAUACUCAUGCCAUUGCUUAAAAAAUACAAGCUAAACAUCACAUGGGGUGAUCAAGAUCUGCUGAACAUCGUAUUUUUUCAUAAUCCAGAAAGCCUGUUUGUUUUUCCGUGUCAAUGGAAUUAUCGACCAGAUCACUGCAUAUACGGAAGCAAUUGCCGAGAAGCCGAAGAGGAGGGGAUCUUUAUUCUUCACGGGAACCGAGGUGUUUACCACGACGAUAAGCAGCCGGCUUUUAGGGCUGUUUAUGAAGCACUGAGAAAUUGUUCUUUUGAAGAUGACAACAUCCGUUCCUUAUUAAAGCCUUUAGAACUGGAACUACAAAAGACAGUGCAUACGUACUGUGGGAAGAGCUACAAAAUAUUUAUCAAACAGUUAGCAAAAAGCAUACAAGACCGUUACACUAGACCACCAAAGGAAAGGUGACUGUUGGUGACUGCUAAAGCAAAUGACUUGAAGCAACAAAUAUCAGAGGGUGUGUGUGAAGGGAUAGUCUUGGAUGAAGUGUUCAGGAAAGAAUUAUUCAUCUUCAGAAUAUCUUUUUCUUUUUCCUGAAGAAGUUCAAUAGCAAUAUAUUCAUGUAAUGAAGAAUAAGUCAAAGGCUUGGACCCCAACGAGAAGAUAUUUUUGAUGUCUGAUGUUUUGUAAUGUUAUUUGAUGUCAUUCUAGUAUUGAUGAAAAUAUUAUUGAAUGCUUGUAGCCUACAGACUUUGACUGACCCCGAUUCUCCAGUGGGUAAGAGUAGUGGGCGAUGUAUGGAUAGAGAAAGUGUACCUCAUCCAUAGUGGAAACACUCAAGCUGUGAGUAUAGCAAUAAUUUUAUGUCGGCACUAACCUCACUUUAAACGUGUGAGAAAAAAGCUGUUUACAGGAGCAGAAAAGGUUCCGUUUCUAAAGAAAUGUGAUGUUAACUAAUGUAACUAUUGACAAUCUGUGUGUGCCUUUAUACAUUUCAUCUCUUUUAAAAUAUUUUUGUGACAAUCACGUUUAAAAUUAUUUUUAGACGAUAAAGUAAGCUUCAUGUUUAAGACUGAGCUCUAUAAGAAAGAGGGAAAACAGUGAAAAUUUGGGAGUUUUAAACUGUGCACAUUUGUAAAGGGUAGCAUUUUCGUUUGUUAUCCGCUAAACUGUCUUGCCAGAAGUCAGAUCGAAGGCUAUAAUGCAGAUAUUGUAGGAAAUUUUUUAAUCACUUUAAAUGAAACUUUUCAGCUUUACUGGGCAUUCUGGAAGCAAUAAAUAUGCUGUUAAUAAGGUGAGAACCUAAAUAGUAUAUGAUGGUGGAAAAUGUGACGGACCAAAAUGCAUGUUAUGCUCUCCUGUGAGCAGGAUCAUGUUACAGCUGCAGUGGGGCGGGAAGAACGUCAUCCACUGAAAUGCUUUUCCUUCUACCUCAGAAUGGCUUUGCAGGAUAUUUUUGAAGAAGCAGAUGUAUUGAGAUAGAGCCUUACUUAAAUAAGUGAGACAACUUUCAUGGACGAUCUGGCUUUAGAAGAUUGUGGUAUCUGCCUAGAGAAAAGUAGUUCUGGUUGGGCUAAUGUGCAUAUUGUCCUUUUGUGACCAUCACUUAAGACAGUUAUUUUUCUUUCAAUCUUGAAGGUAGGAAAAAUGUUACCUCUCUUAGUGUUUCUGACCGCCCCCUGGUACAGCUAGACUCGGAGUACUUAGCCUGUACUGGGCUGGGGUGCAGGCCUCGUGGUCCCAAGUGCUCUGUGGCUAGCCUCUUUUUCUCUCUUUGGUAUUUUAAUGCUUUAACAGAGAAGAGAAAAUCAUGAAGGAAAAAUGUCACCUACAUGAAAAUGGAGGUGCUUUGGCUUUAUGAAGACGCGGGGCCCUGUGUGGAGACACGCAGCUGUGCCCUGUCCUUUGCAGCUCAGUCACAGGCAGAUUGAGAGAGGAGGGUGUCAGAAAGGCAGAUGAGAAGUUGACACCCAGCCCAGCACUCUUGGAACGGAUGCAUGUAGAGAGCACACUCCGUACGUCCUGGGCACAAAACCAGGGUGGACAGAAGACCUUGUGAACUUGUUGAAAUUGAAUUUGCUAAAUAGAAAAUGUGAUGCCUAGAAUUUUGAAGUUUGGAAGGUAUAAGGUCAUUUCUAAUGGCCCCCAAAUGAGACCACUGACUCCUUGUGGGGACCUUGACGAGAGCGGAUUCCCGGGCUUCACCUUUGGUGACUGGGGCGCCGCAUCUAGGAUGGGUCUGCAGACAUUCUCCUAAAUGAAGAGACUGAGAAAUUACACCGAAGUAGAGGGAAUAGUGCAGUGAUCCUCAUCGUCCAGAUCAGACACAGAAGUAUCUCACCACAGCCGUGCCAUUUCUCUCUUUUUUCUUUGCUGAAAUACCUUAAGGAAAAUCCCAGGCAUCGUGGUGUUUCACCUCUGUGAACACCCUGGUAACUGCAGAGACAUCCUUCCGCCUUCGGCUUCAUUUAAAAUCGGUCCUUAGGCAGAUUUCCCUUUUGUCUUAAAUGUUAGAAUCAGAGUACAAACAUAAGUCACAUUAUGAUUCUGUUUUUAAUAAGCACCUCAGGUGACGUUGAUGUCAGUUUGGGCACCACUGGGAACCACUUUGCCAACUUGAAGGUUGAGGGUAGGAUGUCACAAUUCUUGGCACAGUUGGUGAAUUAUAAAUGUGAUUCUAAAACAUUAGAGGAAAUACUUGGGGUUAUUGGCAAGGUAUGAGUUUGUAUUAUUGGUAAGUUCCUUAGAUUUAAUUUUCUCAGUGAGCAGAGACUCAGCCUCAUGGACGCCAGAAGGAUUGGGUGGGGCCAUGCAGAGUAUGGUCAUGUUUACCCGGACUGUGUUCUGGGGUCUCAUGUGCGCUGUGCCUAAUUUACACUGUCACACACUCCGCAUCGGGGAUCGGUUGGAAGGUUCUUCAUCCGGUUUAUUCAGACCUGACCUAAUUGAGCAUUUUACCACAAAUUGGGUUAUGGCGAAAACUCUCCACUUAGGGACCGUUUUUACGUGAAAUUUAGAGUGUCACAGAAAGUCCUUAACAAUAUUAAAGUAAGUUUUCUGAAUUUAUCUUUAGAUAAGGUAACUUUUUCCUUGAGAAUUCUCAAGAAAUGUAGUUCUCAGCAUUAAUGAGGUUAAAUUCUAGAACAGCUUAGAGAAUGUUUUGUAUUUCUUUUCAUAAAGCAGUAUAUCUAUGCAGUUUAUAUGAAGUAUCUUAUAUAUUCUUUGAGGCUAUGUGUUAGGACAAUGCUGACCUCAGAACUCUCUCUGGGCUACAGCGCGACCAAAGUGGAACGACUUUAAAAUGCAGGUAGCCUUCACUUGUGCGAAGUAGCCAUCUUAGCAGAGCUUGGGAAACCUUUAGAAAAUGUCUGGUGAUUUACAUUUUAAGAAAACACAUACUUUUUUUCCCCCUGUGAAGAGUAGUUCAUAACGUGUAUGGUAACCUAGUUAUCUCUGGACAGUUGAGAGCCUGAAACAGUAUUACUGCUCACUGACUGCUCUGCCAUCUUGCCUCAGAUGUCAGAUGUUACUGGUAUAAUGGAAAGAAAACCAGACUGUGAACUCGAUCUGAAUUCUCUUCUAGGUUAGGGACCCCCGGCAUGUACAUAACCUGCUCUGUGCCAAAAGUUUGCAGUCCACACGCCCUGGCGACCUCACGAGACUCAGAAGUUGUGAGUCAUGACGCUGUGAGACCCAGAAGAGAAUGGAUCUGAGAGUGUGCUGCAGGUCUGGCUUCAAGCCCCAGCAGCAUCACGGUUGAAGUUCUGUUUUGCCCUGCUGUCUCCUGCGCAGGUCUCUCUGUUUCCUUAGGCUGAAUGUUUUCUGACAAGCAUUACAUCUCCAGCAUGGAUCUGCUUAGAUUAUGUAGGGAACAAUUUUUAAGGAAGAGAAAGAGAAUAGAAUGAUGGAAAUGAAUGAUCAAAGGAAGAAGGGAAAGAGGGGAAGUGAGAAAAGUGAGGAUGGAGAAGGGAAUAAGUGAGAAAGGCAAAAGGCAGAGGAGAAGAAGAGAUGGGAUGAGAGGGCAAAUGGAGAAGUAGAGGUGGAGAGAUGGUCUGGGAGCUGUCACCCCGACCCUGUACCAGUCGGCUCGCCUUCCUCUGUGCCAGUUCAAGAGGCCUUCAGGGUCAGGAGGGGCGCUGGCCUUCAUGGAAGGGGCAGCAAGGCUCCCUUUGUUUGACCUGUUGAUGCUAGACUCAUUACCUGUCACUCUACCCAUUGAACAUAUCGUGUUAUGAUUCAACAUUGUAUUUUUUUUUUCAACGGAUCCCAAUUUGUGAGCUAAGACCUGUGUGGACACAAUGACAAAUAUCUUCCUUUUUAACAUCCUUUUAGUCCUCUCAGAUGUUGGAUUAUGCAGGACUGACCACCUGGAUUCACAGGGGAGGUUAGGGUGGAGGGGCGGCCGUGUUGGAUCUGAAGGGCCGGGAAUCUUCUGCAGCACUCUCGCAAAUGGUGCUGAUAAGGAGUCGGGUUUGGGAAUCACCGCCCUGCCUCGAAAGGCAACUUAAAUAACCUGCCACGUCUGUUGGUUCCUCAAUAGGCGUACUUUCAGUUGGACUGUUACUAAUGGAGACCACAGUAUUAAUGCUAGUAUUUUGAGUAGUAAUGAUUCUCAAGCUGCUGGAAGGCAUUUUGGUGUACUGCCAAGAGAACAGGAGACAGCAGGAAUACAUUAAAGGGGAAAACCUUAAAAGACAGUGUUCAGUGUCUUCCGAAGUUUAUAUUGUAAGUAAUAAACACCUUAGUGUUAAUCAGUAGUGAUUUAGCAAGCCCACUGAUCUGUUGUGUUGUUUUUUUUUUUUUUUAAAUAACGUUUUUGAUUCCUUAGAGUAAAUGCAGAAGGAAAGUAGGGGUGCAAUAUGCCAGGUGUGGGGCCAGUUACCAGUUUAUUAAAUGUAAUUUCAGGUGUCUUAAAACAAUUGCCUUAUUGCAUUUGAAUAUUUAAUAAAAGUAGAUGAAAUAAUGAUCAGUACUGUAACGGUUAUCUUUUACCCGUUGCCAAAGCAACCCUUUUGGCCUGUUCAAGUCUGGCUAAACUGUUCUGAUGUUUGUCGUUUCUUAAUUUGUUGAACAUCAAACUAGAUUUUAAAAUUAAGUUAUAUUAACUUCAGGCAGGUCGUACUAUAAUUUUUUUUUAACCAAAAGAAGACUGAUGUUAAGUCAAAUAUCUAGCAAUUACAGAAUCAUAAGAAGAAUGUAGAAUAGCUUAUAAUAGACAAUUUAAAAUUGAUUACAAAUCAAUGUCAGACUUACUUCUAAAUGGAAAAUAUCCUUUGGCACUUCAUCUCUACCAAUAAUUCCAAAUGCCUACUGGGAUUAUUUUUUUUAAGAAUUUUCUAUAAUAUAUAUACUCAGUUUUCAAACAAAAGAAAGCCUUUGAAAAGAUAACAGAAAAAAAGAAGGAAGGAAAAUUUCUCUCACUUGUAAUAAUGUGAAUGCUGUUUGGCGAGUGUAUGGUCAGGCAUUUUAACAUCAGGCUUAAGAACUGACGUGGAGCCUUUGAUGAUGUGUAGUUUACAUGUAAAGUCUGAAUUUGUCAGCAUAGUCAAACACAGCAUCGAACAACUCCUUGUGAAAGUUGAAGAGAAGCAACAGUGUACAUUCCAUUUAAAAAGUAAAUUGACUUGGACUGUGAUGGGAAAUAGCUGUUUUCAACCUGUGUAUAAAAUCUCUUCAGGGAAUCUCAGAGUGUUACACAGAAAUAAUGCGGGGCUUGCAGUACAGCCGGAGAGCGCGUGAUCCGUUCAGAACUUAGCCCCGCACACGUGCAUCCCGUGCGCUGUCAUCAGUAUGAAAGAGCUGGGCCGGUAGUUUUUGAUGAUGUUGCAACAGAAGAUCCAUGAAGGAGAUGGUGUUUGCACCUGUUCCUGAAGUCAGAAACUGGAAGGUGUUUCCAUUUUUCACGAACAGUUUGCAUAAGUAUGUUAAUUUUUUGAGUAGCAGUGAUUCUCAAGCUGCAGGAAGGCAUUCUGGUGUACUGUGAUACCCAGUGAUUGCUGCUCUUAAACUGCUUUUUACCUUAAAGUACAAUGGUUUUAGGGGAAUUUGCUUAUCUUCUUCCAAGUGUUUUGUGCAUCCUGACGUUUAUUAAAGGGGGAGUAUAAGAUUGUAGAUUCGGGUGUAACCUGAGAAUUACGGAAAGUUGCUGUGUUCUGUUUUGGAGGGAGUUCACCUUGUCUUUUUCUUCAGAAACUUUGUGUUGUUACUAAAUAAACAUCUAUUCAAUAAAUGUCUAAUUUCUUC